CAGCCAGGCCCACUACUUCCGGCUCUUCCGAGCAGCUGAUUGCAAGGCGAGAGUAGUUCUUACCCAUUUUUGAUAACUUUCUUCGUCAGAUAUUGCUAUUUUCGCACUAUAAAUUACACCCACCGCAAAUUUUCGACGUUUUGCAAUGAUCCUCAACAUUUUCACGGUCGAACAGCACCCUACGGAAAAAGAAUCUAACUAAGUCAGGUUAGGUGGCUCGCUUUCCGACUCGACGGUGCUGCCCAAGGUGGGUAGGUGGGAGAAAAAGUUAUGUCGACGGGGGAAGUCGAGGUUUAUUACCAUUUACAAAACAGUCGUUCUAGUCAACUCGGAAGUGUGUGCCAACCCAAUUCCCGUUUCUAUUUGCCUACGAUUUCUGGCUGAUCAGUUUUACGAGCGGGAUUAGUCUCCUCGUACCUCCUGAUAUUGAAUGUUGACAGAAUGGUUAUUUAUCUACCUUUAUUAUUUGCGGAUGGUAAUCCAACAAGUUUGGAGAGAGCUACUGCUAGUCAGCUGGAAAAAUUUAUUCCAUUUAUGCUCGAUUGCUGCCCAGAGAGAGCCCUUGUGAACACCUCUGAUAGACCACCAUCUUGGUGGCCAUUUUCUACUCCCUACCAGAUCCCUCUGAGCCCUAAUUGCAGUCCAAAGAAAUGGCUCAACAAUCUCAAGGAAGUAAUAUGCAGAUGUUACGAGUACCAUGGAUGCGAGCAUGUACUCCGUUUUUGCUCUCGCCUGGCUGAACUUCCCCCUGGAUUUCUCAGAUAUAAAGAGAACUCUCAAGGCUUUAUAAGUAUUUAUAACAGAGCAAGCAAUAAACUAAUAGUAACUUUUAAAAAGAAAAAUCAGAUAUAUGACCGUCCAGUAGGCAGUCCAGCGAAACCUAGCCUCCUACCUCGAAAGCCUAAAGGUCCACCAAGUGACCAACAUAUUGAAGACAUAUACCUUUGUAACUACUGUGAUGAAGAAUUCACCAGCGCCAAAAAUGCUAUUCACCAUGAGGGGGUCUGUAAAGGAAAAAUUGAUCAGGAGGACCAAAAUCAUGAAGUGGACCAGGUAUCAGCAAUGCGAUACUUCGGGCUUGGUCCAACAGAAUCUAAUAAAAAAGAGGGAAUACGGAAUACAUCUCUUCGUCUUACUGCCAGAAGCUAUAUGUCUAUUCCAGUUUCAUCUCCCUUAGGUCGAAAAAUGAGCUCAAAUGUAGCACCCUUGAAAGAAGUUGACAAAAUGGAGUACAUUCAAAAGUUAGAAGGUUGUUGUGGCUCACGCAAGUUUUUGGAUGAGCCGAAAAGAACACGAAAGUUUGGGGUUGUUCACCACAGAGCCCUACGUAAGAAAUUUCAACAUAGAUGGACACAUACAUAUUGUUUUAAUAGAGCCCAACGCGAGGAAAGAAAAAUCAACUUAGAGACAGGUCUAAAUAAACAAGCUCGACUUCUUCUGAAAAAGUGCAAGAGAGCUGUUGUUCUUCUUGAGCGACUUCCCCUACUAGAUCCAUUAGCUUUGCAUGCAGCUGCUGUUCUUGAUUAUCAAAACCGUUUAAAUAGCCCUAUAUGUGAAGAACCAGUACAUAAUUUUAUUGACUUAACAAGUGAUGAUGAUUGUUGUGAUAAUGUAAUCCGUAGAGAAAAUUUUAGUUGUGAAGAAAGAUCUUCUGAUAGUUUUUUUAAUAGCAGCUCUGACCACAAAAGACCUUCUAUAAAGGAAUGGAGUCCUGUUUUUCAUAGAUCACUGCCUCCUCCAUCACUGCUCCCUAUAGCCCCUGUAUAGUGGAUAAAUGUAUCCUUACUUCCAGUAUUAUUUGUUAUCUAAUUAUCUAAUUUUAUAUAUUAUGGAAUAUUGACUGAUGGCAUGAAUUUUAUUGUAUACUCAAACUUCAAUGGGGACCACAAUAUCCCCCCCCCCUUUUCCCCUUUUUUUCUCUUGUGGUGGCUUGGAUGCAGCUCAUAACAUAGUUCAAUCUGUACAGUAUAGUUAGGUUUACAGCCACUUAAGGUGAAGAAAUUUCAAAACCAUCUUUUAAUGAUUAUUUUUCAAAAUUUACCUGAUAUUAUCUUAUUGCUUAUUUUAUUGAUAUGCAUUAUUGGAGAUGCUUGCAAUGCUCUGAUUUGCUGAGGACACUGUUUUGUUAUUAACUGGUUCAUCCCAUUUCAUUUUCUUUAUGCCGCUAAUAAAUUUUGGCAGUGUAUUAUAGACUGUGUUUUUGUUGCUAUUCUAUUUUUAUGUUUUUGCUUGUACAACUAAAUAUCCAGAUCACUUAAGUGAAACUGUUAUAGAUUAUUCUUAUGUCAAAUGAUUUUACGUUCUGUUUAUUGCUAGAUGUACAUUGUUAACUUAGCAAAGUCCUUCCUCAGCGCCGAUAUGGUAUUGCGUAUUUGAAAUGCAUGUAAAAGGUUACAGAUUUUUGACGCAUUUAAUGCGCGUAAAGCACAUUAUUAAGUGUGCGCGAAAUGUGUUACCUUUCACUCUAAUUUUCACGCGCAUUGCCGCAUUGGCGCCGCUGCUGGGACUUCUAAAAGACAUUUAAAGAAAGUGAAGCACUGUGAAAUAAAAAGAUGCCUUCUAAGUAA